GUGGUCUACGACAUUGAUGUCCACUCGCACGAGCUGGAAAAGCAAGACGUUAUCGGCGAGGUGGUGUGCACACUCGGCGAUCUCCAUGACGUACCUCGGCAUUUGCAAAGUCGCCGGCUCAAGUUCCUCCCGCGCCCGGCGUCCAACCGCGGCUCGCUGGUCACUGUUGCCAUCACCAUCCACGAGGAUCACGAGCUGACCUCAAUCGAGCGCCUGUCAAUUCUCAAGCGGCUUGUCUCGUCGCUCAACUCGGUGGCUGGCUCUGACGCCCCGUUCCGUGGCUCGGACGCGGUCUCCUUCCUCUCUUCCGAGGUGCUCUCGUUCAAAGACGACCGCGACGCCGCGACCACCGAGCUCGACCUCUUCCUUCGGGUCGGCUACAUCUCGCCGGUGGUCAACGGGGCUAAUGAGGUUCUCACCCGCCCGCACCAGUUCAAUCCGGCGGCAUCGCGGCUCGUGUUUGACCCAACCGCGCUGUACUCGGUCAAUCCGUACUUUCUAGUGUCUGCGUUUUCCAAGUCCGUCCUCCCCCGCUCUCGCCAGCCAUGGCUGAGGCCGAGCGCAACAUGCAUGCCUCGCGGCUGGUCUUUGUGGAUGAGGUUGAUCGCGAUCACUUUCUCCCGCAAGAGCUCCGCGACUCGACGCACAUCCGGUUCGGCAAGCUCGCGCCCGGCCAUGACGUUCCGCCGGUCAUUGCCGCCACCCUGACCAAGCUCGUCGAGAGGAUUACCUACGCCAAGGCGCCUGACAUUGACCUCCUCCACGCCAUUAUUUUGACCUACAAGUCAUAUGCGUCGUCGCACGAGCUCCUAACCGCCCUUAUCGAGCGCUUUCAGACUGGCGGCUCGCUUGAGUACGAGGAGCCCGAAGAUUCGGUCAUGAUCAAGUUUCGGGUCCUUAACGCCUUGAAGCUCUGGGUCACCUCGGGCUACGUUGACUUUUUCGACGACCUCUCGCUCCGCGACGCGCUCUUUGGCUUUCUCAAGUCGAUUGCCGCCGACGACUCUGACGAGCCGCUCGUCAAACUUGCCAUCGCUGUCUCUACCGCGUACGAGAAGACCGCAGACCGGUUCUCGGGUCCGUCUGCAGAUGCCGAAGCCUACUUUACGUCUGGUCAUCACCGUGAAGACUCGCCGCCGCCGCCGCUGCUUCCAGCCGACUUUGCUGUCGUCCGCUCGCUCUUUGACCUCGACCCGCUCGAGGUUGCCCGCCAGCUGACACUCAUGGAGCACUCAGCGUAUUGCCGCAUCCGGCUCACCGAGCUCAUGGGCUGUGCCUGGUCGAAGGCCGGUCGCGAGGACAACUCGCCCAACGUGCUCUCGGCCAUCGAGCUCUUCAACGGCAUCUCGUGCCUCUUCCGCGACGCCAUCGUGUCCGAGGCCGACGUUGGCACGCGCGCCCAGGCCAUCGAGUUUGCGCUUCGCGUCGCCGAAGGCUGCGCCAAGCUCAACAACGUCUCGUCAACGCUUGCCAUCAUUGCUUCGCUCUCGGCGACUCCCAUCCACAGGCUCAAACAGACAUGGGCGUUGGUGGAGGCGACUAAGCGCAACGUUCGCAUCCGCGCCAACCUGGAGGCGCUCAUCUCCAACGAGGGCAACUACAAGGCGUACCGCAAGAUGCUCAACAAGGUCGACCCACCGGCGGUGCCGUAUCUCGGCAUGUGGCUCACUGACCUCACAUUUCUCGAAGACGGGAACCCAGACACAACUGACGAGGGCCUCAUCAACUUUGCCAAGUACGACCUCAUUGCCAAGGUUCUGGGCGACGUCCGCCAGUUCCAACUUAUGCGAUACCAGCUGGUUCCGGUCGAGCUUGUCCAGGACUUUAUCUCGGGUCAACUCAAAUCGGCGCUCGACGAGGAGGAGGCCUACCGCCGCUCGCUCGCUGUUGAGCCGCGGACCCGCCCGGCGCCCGACAUCAACCAGAUCGCCGACGAAAACGUCAAGCUCAAGGAGACCGUCAGGGCCCUUAAUCGCAAGGUGGCCUCGCUCGAGUCAGCCAACAAGCACCUCGAGUCGGACAUAUCUUCGCUCUCGUCGGUCGUCUCGACCAUCCGCAUGCAACUCGCCGAUCUUGCCGCCGUUCACGCCCUCCGGAACCCGGCCGCCCCUGCUGCUCCCGACCAGGAGCCAACCUCGCACGAAGCGCUGUCACCGAUCGCUCCUGACGCCGCCAUCAUUCGCCUCGCUGGCGCGCACCACGACCGCGCCUCGCAAGCGUAUCUCAUCUCGGCCGCGCCAAGCCAGAACCCCCCUAGCGGAGCCGAGGACGACCCAGUCGAUGCAAGCGCAAGCGGCAGCGGCGGUGUUAGCACUGCGGCUGAUGGCGCAGGUCCCGCGUCAUCGUCAUCAGCGAGAGUCUCGCAUUCGGGCUUUCUCAAGAAGCAGUCGGGCGGCAAGACUUCCAAGUGGCAAAAGCGGUGGUGUGUGUGCCGCGACGAUCACCUCUACUACUACAAGUCGCAGUCGGACUCAAAGCCAGCCGGCGUCGUUGUUUUGCACGGCUGCACGGUCCAGGCUGUCGACAAGUCUGUGUGGGGCAAGGACUGUGCCUUUGAGAUCUACCACGAGCAGCGGCGGACGUACCGGUUCUUCGCUGCUGACGACGACGAGCGGGCGACGUGGAUGGCGGCUAUCACAUCACAGACUGACUGAAGCAGAGCGAGAACAUGUUUAGUGUGUCGCGUAAAACGAGCUCGCGCUGCUACA